AUGCGGCGCAAUGUAUUAAAAGGCAGAUCUGAUGGGUCAUCUUCCCGAGGAGACGGGAGCCUGCCUCCCACCCAUGCCGUGCCUGCCGCGGGGACGCGCCCGCUGGCCGCGAUCGGGGACCAGAGCGUCCCCGGCUGCCUGCGUUCCGGGCGCCGCCCGGCCUCUGCCCGCCCGCCGGCCUCUCCCGCGGUGCGGGGUGGGGGACGUGCUACCCCGAAGCCACGCGGCGAGGAAGCCGGCACGGAUCCCCGGGCACCGCAGCGCACUCACUCACCGUGUCCGCGCGGCCCCGGCGCCCCCACUUCCGCCGGCGCCGCCGCUGCAGAGGCCCGGGCGGGCCGCGAGCCGCCGAGCCUGGGUUCCGCCCUCAGCGCCGCCGCCCCACGUGGUGGCCAGCGGGCUCGCAGGCUCGGAAGCGAGCGCCGAGCCAGGAGGCUGGGGCUCUGCCGGCUUGGCUUUCCUUCGAGCCGCCAGCUGCCCGCACAAGCGCCCGAAAUGGCCAUUUUAUGGUCGAAGAAACUGAGACCGAGAGAAGAAUUCUCCCUUUCGAGAGCACUGGUCGCGCUUCCUCCGCUCUCCCGCUCGUCCGCCCGCUCUCCUGCUUGUCCGCCCGCCCGCUCGCCCGCUCGCCCGCUCGCCCGCUCGCCCGCCCGCCCGCCCUCUCGCCCGCUCGCCCGCCCGCUCUCCCUGCGACUCAUGUCCCGCCGCAAAGCCGGCAGCGCACCUCGCCGAAUCGACUUCGUUCCUGCCGCCGACUCAGACGACGAGAUGGAUCUCGUCAUCCAGACCGAACCAGACGCGGAGCCCUCAGACUACGAGGUGGACCUCGUCAUCAAGACCGAGCCAGACGCGGAGCCCUCGCCGGGGCUUUUAAGGGACGAGCUUCGCCACUCUCCCAGCCCCGCGCUCGACCACUUGGCCGUGUGGACGCCUCUGGCCCCUGUCUUUCUCUGGCUACCUCGGCGGCCCCUUUCUGACCCCUGGGCUUCCCCUCUCCCUCGCCACCCUGGUCCCCCAUUGUGGCCCCGCCUCGCGCUCACCACCCGCUUCCUCCCUGCAGACCGCCAGCCUUGGACCGACACACACCCAGAUCUGUUGACCUGCGGCCGCUGCCAGCAGACCUUCCCUUUGGAGGCCAUCCUUGCCUUCGUGGACCACAAGAAGCAAGGCUGUCAGCUCUUCCAGGGCCCCAAGUCCUGUUUGGACUCAGAACGCAAAGACUUCAAGUCUCUGAGCUGCCUCCGCUGUGGCCGACAGUUUUCAGUGGCCUGGAAACUGCUGCGCCACGUCCAGUGGGACCAUGGGCUGUCCAUCUACCAGACAGAGUCUGAGACCCCUGAGAGCCAGCUGCAGAAGUUGUCAGAGGUGGCUGCGGCCGUGUCCCCUGUGGUGCAGCCAGAGGUUGAAUCCAAAGGUCCCCGUGUGAGCAGCCGGGGCAGCCCCACCUGCUCCGUGUGCAAGAAGACCCUCAGCUCCUUCAGCAACCUCAAGGUGCACAUGCGCUCCCACACGGGUGAGCGGCCCUACGCCUGUGACCAGUGCUCCUACUCCUGUACCCAGAGCAGCAAACUCAACCGCCACAAAAAGGUCCACCGGCAUCCUCAGAGCCCCUGUAACGCUGACUCUGGCCAGGAGCAGGCCUCUGCGGCAAGCCCAGAGCCAGCUACCCAAUCCACUGCUCAAACUGUAACCACUGCCUGCGCCAACAAUGACCAGGAGCAGGCCUCCGCGGCAACCAUAGCCCAGAUGCAGCAGCCUGGGGCACCUGGCGAGGGUGUUGCCACCAAAGAAGAGCCAGCCUGCCCUCCAAAGGUUCUGAAGGCUCUGUCUAAGAAGUUGCAGAGCAAUAGCCGCGUGUCUGGGGGCAGCUGUGAGUUCUGCGGGAAGCACUUCACCAACACCAGCAACCUGACUGUGCACCGGCGCUCGCACACUGGCGAGCGGCCGUACACCUGCGAGUUCUGCUCCUACUCCUGUGCGCAGAGCAGCAAGCUCAACCGCCACCGCCGCAUGCAUAGCCUGGGGCCCGACGGCACCUUCUUCCAGUGCCCCCACUGCUGCGUGCCCUUCGGCCUGCGCGCGACCUUUGACAAGCACCUGCGACAGAAGCACCCCGAGGCGGGAGGGGGUGCCUGA